ACAACCUCGCGCUCCCUCAUCUUCCGCCUCCCUCGCUACCCCCCACACCCCCAACCUCCCCCUCUCCCUCCCCCUCUGCGCCGCCGCCUAUCUCCCUCGCCAGCCCGCGGGUCUGCGCCUCCCUCACCAUCGGCUAGAGGAUCCACGCCGCCGGCUCCCCUCCUCCGGCUAUUUCCCUGGAUCUGGCCGAGCAGGAGCCACGGUGCCUUCCCCUGCCGGCGCCAUCCCUCACCCCAGUCUCUGCUCCCAAGUAUUGGAAAGAUGGUGGCCAAUAAAAGGAGUGGUGGUGCUAUCUCAAGAAGCUUAAAUGAGAAUAAAAGAACCUGCUCUGCACGAGAGGCAACCAAGUCAUCGCUUUCAGAUGGAUUAUGGGACUCUAAGGAUGGCGUCUGGAGCAAGCUGAGUGAACAAGUUGCUUUAAAUUUGUCUAAAAGCGUUGUCUCACUUGUUUUAUCAGAUGGAGACACAGUGCUAUUUGCGUCCUCUGGCAUUGCUAUAGAGUGCCAUGGACAUGUUUCGAGGUUUCUGACUUCCGCAGGUUUGGUUAGAGCUUUAAACAAUGAAGAAAACGGACAUGAUAACGUGAAGAUUGAAGUGCAUCAUAAAGGAAGGGCUGUCACAGGGUUUCUUGAAGAAUAUGAUUUGGAUUAUGACAUUGCGGUUGUCAAAAUUACAUCCUUCCUUGAUGUUCAAAAGGUACUUCUCCACCGCGCCCUGCGCGCUAUGCUCCACUCUGAGGUAGUAGCUGUUGGACAUGACAUCUCUGGCAAAAUAAUGGCCAAAAGUGGGAAGCUUACUUGUGAUCCAAGGGGAUAUGAAGAUUGUGAACUUAUGUUCUCUACUUGUAAAUUAUCUGAGGGUUGGGAGGGCGGACCACUUUUUGAUUUUUUUGGGAACUUUUUGGGCAUGAACCUUUUGUCAUCUAUGGGAGGAUCCUUUUUCAUGCCAAAGGAUAUAAUUAUGGAGCGGCUGGAGUAUUUUCGGACAUCUCUGCAAAGGAAUGCAUUUCUGGGAUGGACAAAAUAUUUGAAGGCGGUGAUGAUCAGAGGACUCGCAGAUGAUAUCCUUGAAGGUGACUUGUUGGACUCUAAGCAAGGUGUAUGGGGCAAGCUGAGUGAACAAGUUACUUUGAACUUGUCUAAAAGUGUUGUCUCGCUUGUGUUAUCUGAUGGACACAAUGUGCUAUUUGCAUCCUCUGGCAUAGCUAUAGAGUGCAAUGCGAAUGUUUCAAGGUUUCUAACUUCGGCAAAUUUGGUUAGAGCUUUAAACAAUGAAGAAAAAGGACAUGCUAAUGUGAAGAUCGAAGUGCGUCAUAAAGGGAGGGCUAUCACAGGCUUUCUCGAAGAACAUAAUUUAGAUUAUGACAUUGCAGUUGUCAAAAUCAUGUCCUUCCUUGAUGCUCAAAAUGUACCUCUCCAUAGCGCACCACCCAUUCUGCCCAAUUCUAAGGUAGUUGCUGUUGGGCAUGACAGCUCUGGCAAGAUAAUGGCUACAGAUGGGAAGCUUACUUGUGGCCCAAGCGUAUGUAAAUAUGGUGAAUCUCUUAUGUCCUCAACUUGUAUAUUAUCAAAGGUUUGGGAAGGUGGGCCACUUUUUGAUUUUUCUGGGAGCUUUGUUGGCAUGAACCUUUUUUCAUCUACGGAAGGAUCUUUUUUCAUGCCAAGUAAUAUAAUUAUCGAAUGGCUGGGGCAACUUCGGAUAUCACAGGAAAGGAAUGCAUUUCUGUCACGGGUUAAAUAUUUGAAGAUGGUGAGGGUUGGAGGACAUACAAAUGAUAUCCCUGAAGCAUAUAGAGAUGCUCUCACUGACCAGGAAUAUGAGGUUCAUAAAAUGUUGGGUUAUCCCAGGCCGUCAAAGAGGGACAUGAUCUUGGUAAAUUCUUUUGAAACGGCUUUUGGUGAUGUGUAUGAUAAGGAUGAUCGUCAAGGUGUCUGGAAGCUACUAGAGAAAAGAGUUUCUAAAGGAAUAUCUAGAAAUGUUGUCUCCCUUGCUUCUUUCAAUGGAAAUACGAGAUUCUUUGCUUGCACAGGAUUUUUUAUUGAUUGGGAUGACAAAUGUCAAGAUAACAAUGUUUCUACUAUUCUGACAUCUGCGAGCUUGGUUAGAAAUUCUGAUCCUUUCGAUGGUGAGAACAAGGUUAUUGACGGUUUGAAGAUUGAAGUGAAACAUCCAAAAGGACCACUACUAGAGGGGUCACUAAUACAUUAUAAUCUAGAUUAUAAUGUGGCUCUAGUCAGUGUCAAGAGACUCAAGAGUUAUAGUGCCUGCCCUCUUGCAAUUUGUAAACGCAAUUUGAUAUAUGAGUCUUCUAAGGUGGUGUCUGUAGGGUGUUGCUUUCAAACGGGCAAAUUAAUGGCUUCAGGUGGGAAACUGGUUGCCUGGUCAGGCUCGCUUGAUUGCAAAUUGCUUAUCUACUCCACAUGUGAAAUCACCAAGGCUGGGAUUGGAGGGCCUCUUGUUGAUUUUGAUGGGAAUUUUAUUGGCAUGAACUUCUAUGACCCGAAAUUGGGCACCCCGGCUGUGUCUUGUGAUGAUAUUGUUGAUGUCCUAGAACGUUUUAAGGAAAAAUGGACUGGUGGAGUUGACAGUUUGUCUAAUCCAAAUGGUGUGGGUGGUGUUCAAGGAGAUUGCAGUGUUAGUCUGAACUGGUGGCCAGUGCCUAGGCCAUAUUGGCGUCAGCCAGAUGAACCUGAGAAGUCUUAUUUGGAUGAAUAUGAACGUGGGGUCCUAGACAGCGGCAGCAAGUUCGAGUACGUUGGUGGAUACAUAUACAUUCUGAAGUAGUCGUUUUGUGAGCUUGUCUGAGAUGCUUUCUAUAUAAUUGUAAAUUACUUAAGAUAUCUCACUUACUAUUCCUUGUAAAUUAGUCAUGUACCGAAUUGUGCUUGAAGCAAUCUGAAGUUAUUUUCAUGUGGAUCUGUAACAA